AUGCUGAGCAAAGAGCAUUAUAAAGAUGACAUGGUUUACAUCACACAAUUGACGAGACACAUUUUGAGCUUACUCGGAAUCUGGCCGAUUUACAACAGGAGCAAAUCUACCGGCGACAAAUUUUGGAAAAACUUCUUGAUCUCACUGUGUAACAUUCUCCUCUAUUGCGUCCUGAUUCCCGGUCUUCUCUUUUGGUUGAUUGAGAAAAGAACACGCGUCAGGGUUCAAACGAUGCCUUUGCUUAUCUUUGUCAUCAUGGCCUGUAGUAAAUACAGUACUCUGAUAUACCGUGAAACAAACAUCAGACGUUGCUUGAUGCACAUCGAGGAAGAUUAUAAGACCGCGAUCAAUGAGAAAACGCGAGCCACAAUGCUCGAAUCCGCGAAGAUCGGACGACGCUUAGUUACACUUUGCGCGAUUUUCAUGUAUACCAGCGGGCUCUCUUUCCGAUUGGUCUUGCCGUUUGCUAGAGGAAAAAUCGUGACUGCGCAAAACAUCACGAUCAAACCCUUGCCAUGUCCGGCUUACUUUAUUGUUUUCGAUGUACAAGUCAGCCCCGUUUACGAACUGAUUUUUGCAUUACAAGUAUUAUCCGGGUUAAUCACUUAUUCGAUAACAACAGGUUUAUGUGGUCUCGCAGCCGUUUUCGUGAUGCAUGCCUGCGGUCAACUGAAGAUUCUGGUGACUUUGAUGAAAAAUCUCGUCGAGGAGCAAUGGCAAGAGAAACAGGAAGUGAACAGAAAGCUGGCUACAAUGGUACAACAUCAAAUAAGAAUUCGAAGUUUUUUACAAUUGGUGGAAAAUACUCUGCAACAAGCGUGUCUAUUAGAAUUGUUUGGAUGCACGACGAUAGUCUGCCUUCUCGGAUAUUUUAUAAUAAUGGAAUGGGAGAAUAGCAACUUGAUAGCUAUGUGCUCCUACUUUUCAUCACUUAUAUCCAUGAUGAUAAACAUGUUCAUGUUUUGUUAUACUGGUGAACAGCUUACUGUUCAGGCAGAGAAAGUAGCUAGAACAUCUUGCAUGCUUGAGUGGUACCGUCUUCCGAACAAGGAGGCGCGUGGGAUUGUAUUGGUGGUUAUAAUGUCGAACCUGCCUCUCAAGAUCACAGCUGGAAAAAUCAUGGAUCUAUCACUCAAAACUUAUGGUGAUGUUGUAAAAACAGCUGUAACGUAUUUUAAUAUGCUUCUAAAAGUAACUGAUUGAAUAUUUCUAUUCACAUCUUUUUCUUGUUGGAAUCACGACUAUGAACGCAUGGUAAUGAUAACGUCAUAUGCUGAUGAUACAGAUGUAUCAAGUACAAAAGCUUGGUAUAAUGUACAUAUAUAUACCUAUAUAUAUAUAUAUAUAUAUAUAUAUAUAUAUAUAUAUAUAUAUAUAUAUAUACAUAUAUAUAUAUAUACAUAUAUAUAUACAUAUAUAUACAUAUAUAUACAUAUAUAUACAUAUAUAUAUAUAUAUAUAUAUAUAUAUAUAUAUACAUAUUCUUGUUUUAGACACAUUUCUUCUGUAUAAAAGAGUAUGUAAAAAAUUUUUGGUUUUAAUUUAUUUCUCACGACAAAACUGUAUCUUAAAAUUUCAUAUUCACAGUUUAAUUAAUCAUCUAAUUACUACUUUAUCUUUUUAUAAAUUUAUAUAAAAUAUAUUUGUAUUUUAAUGCAAAAUGAAUAAGAUCACACAUUAGAAAUUAAAAAAGUAACAGAAAUAUAAUUCCUUCUUUAUCAAUCAUAUAUACAUAUAUAUAAGAUCAAUAAUACUUUAUAAUCUUUAACAUCUGUAUAGCAUGUAGCAUGUGAGCAAAUCAAAGUAUCAUACGAUGAAACUGUUACUGAGGGCUGUGUGUGUUACAAUUGUUAGUUAACGUUUAUUCUUCAAAACAACAAGCUGAAUAUCGUAUCAGUAACAUUGCGUACAUGACAUGUGAAAAAUAUAAAAAUUAAACACAAUAAAGAAAUAUAUAUCACGUAA